ACCGAGGGAGCUCGUGACGUACAACCCGGCUUUCUUUAGACCGCGAAGGUCGGGUCCUCAGGAGGAAGCAGCCUCUGAAUUUGGACACCCCCGCUGUUUCCGGGCCGGCCAGUGAUAACGGAAAACGGAAGAAACAGAAAAGAGAGGAAGAGAAACUUCAGCUCCAAAAAGGCAGCAGAUAUAGUGUGGAGAGAAGACUGACGAAGAACAAGACGAAACACUUAUUCUGUGGAAGGAGAGACUGAACGUGUUGAGCAACGAAUAUCCAGGAUGUUUGUUCUCAUCUGGUCAACUCUGUUUUUCUCUGUAAGAGGCAGCAGUGCUGACAAAGUUACCUCAGUCUGGGGACGACAACACUGUAGAGGCAAAGGAAACUGUGUGACUCUGAGUGAGCGAGAACUAACAGCAGAGGCUGGACUCUGUGUUGUGAUCCCGUGUUCUUUCACUACUGCUGCUAACUUUACACCCAAACAUAUAGUUUGGUACAAAUGUGAAGCGUCUAAAAAAUGUAGUGAUGCUCACAUAAUAUUUCACAGUAACAAGAACAAAAAAAAUGUUCAGUCUGGGUUUGAAGGACGAGUGUCACGUUUGGAGUCCGAUGUGAGUCAGAAAAACUGCAGCAUCAUCAUUAAUGAUCUGAAAGUGUCUGAUUCUGGAUCAUAUCAGCUCAGAGUUACUGGAGAAUGGAAUGGGAAAAUAAAUGCAUCUUCAAUCAAUCCAAGGGUAAAUGUCUCUGUUAAAGGUAUGAAAAGCUAUUUCAAGAUCAAUCAUGUAGAAAAACAAUAUUCAGUCAUGUACAACAACAUAUUUAGUAUUUUUAUGCAGGCCACACUGACCUGCACUGCUCCUGGUCUCUGCUCUGGAUCUGUUCCUCAAAUCACCUGGACAUGGAGAGGAGCAGGAGGGACUGAAUCUUACAUUACAGGAAACAGCACUGAUUUCAAGACUGAGAAUCUGACUGAUGUAACACAGAGACAUGUCUCAACUUUGACCUUUAACCCUUCAGCUGAACAGCACAACACCAAUGUCACCUGUAAAAUCCACUUCACAGGUGAAACGACUACAGAAAAGACUUCAGGUUUGAAUGUAAACUAUGUGAAGGAGGUUUACAUCACUGGUGUUACAACUGUCAGGGACGGUGAGGCUCUGAAUCUGACCUGCAAUGUUCACAGUUUCCCUCCAUCUCUGAUUAUUUGGUCUAAACUUGGUUGCAAUGAAACUCUUCACAUUGACACUGGAUCAGCCAAUCUUGUCAUCACCAAUGUAACAGCAGGAGAUGCUGGACAGUACGUCUGCACAGCUAAAUAUAUGAACAAUACCCUGAAGGACAAAGUCAACGUCACAGUGAUAUAUAAAAGGAUACCUCAAAUCAUUGGAAACACAACUAUCAAGGAGGGAGAUGUCCUGAAUCUGACCUGCAGUGUUGAAAGUUUCCCUCCAUCUCUUAUUAUGUGGUCUAAAUUAAGUUCCAAGGCAAACCAUCAUAACGACACUGGAUCUGCUACACUAGUCAUCCCAAAUGCAACAGCAGAACAUUCUGGACAGUACAUCUGUACAGCAAAAUACAUGGACAGUGUCCUGAAGAAAGACACCAAUGUAACCGUGAUAUGGUUUUCAAAGAUACAGAAGGGCUCUGGAUGUGUGCUUCAGUCAGAGGUUUUGACCUGUGUGUGUAUCAGUGAAGGGUUUCCUUUACCUACUAUCAAUUGGCCGCUACUGAAGAACCACACUGAGUACUCUGUCAUUACUACUGUGUCAAACCACACAGUCAACAGCACUAUCAGUCUAAGUGUAAAAAGCCAUGGCAACAGCACUGUUGAAUGUGUGAGUAACAAUGGAAAUGGAGAAGAAAGAGAAAUCCUCCUUAUCCAUCAAAACUUGUCUGAAAAACAUGAGCAAUCAUCUGGUUUCAGGCUGGCAUACCUGAAAGUCACUAUUGCCUUUUUGACUGGGGUACUUUUUUCAGCAGUCCUUUGCUGUUUGGCCAAACAUUGCUACAGAAACAAACAAAAGACUUCCAGAAGUUUGGAGAUGAGGACACAUCAAGAUGAUAAACUGGUCUAUGAUGGUCAAGAAUUACAGGACAAUCUGACUCUUAACUCAAACAGCGGGCCAAAAGAAGUGGAGUAUGCUGACAUUAAUUUUUCCUUGUUGAAAAGAAAUGGUGCCAGAGAGGCAGCAAGGAGGCAAGAGAGCACAAAGACGGUAUAUGCUGAAGUUAAGAAAGCAGUCGAAGAACGGGAAGAUGAUGCUGAAGAGGAAGGUGAAAUGCUGGAGGCCAAAGAGGACGAGAUGGUAGUGGAGAUGGAGAUGAAAUACUGUGAACCAGAAAAGGAGUUAGAAAUGGGAAAGGAGAGAGUGUACGCCACUGUGAAUGAUGUUACUGAUGAAAUUUGAGGAAUGUUUUAUUGUGGAGUUGAUUGAGAUAAAGAAUCUCUCAUCACACGUAAUGAACAUCACGCCUUUACAUACAACAGCAGCAACUAUGCAAACAUUAAUUUACCGAAGUAUGUGUGUGUAUAAAAUAACCUUUCUGCACCUAAGAACCAUAUGGUUCUGGUAUAUAAAGUGCACAAAUAAAGUUAGAGUGUUAAGAUUGCUAUUAACAGCAGAGAUACUGCACAACAAAAUGGGAACAAAAAAAGCUUAAAUAUGCAGAAGUGUUCGCAGACAAGCUCUAUGCAGAUGAAAUGACGUCAUGCCAAAAGAGGGAAAGUUUUUUUUUCUUUUCUUCUUUAAGCUCAUUAAUGCAUUUGAUCUUUCUAAGGAACUUCCUUCUUUAUUUAUAUUACUGUUUACUAAUAUAUGCACAUAUGAACCAGUAGGAAAGCAAUGAAUUAAUGACAAUACAAUGAGCCAGUACGCACUGAAUGUUGUUGAAGUGAUGUGAAGACAAAUGGUGUGUAUAUGUUAUAUUUUCUGUCUGAUAUUGUAGGCUCUUCAUUUGACAAUGAAAAGAUUGUUGAAGUGAUUGAAAUACAAUAAAACCGAAAUUAAUUUAUAAAUUGUCUGCACUGUAAUGUUCCUCAAUGGCUUUUUAGAUCCUGCUUUCUAUUGAGAUGAGCUAUUUAGUUUAGGUAGCAGCUCCUUCUGCUGAGGUUGUCUCUCUGAGUUGCCAUUCAUAAAAGAUAACAGUUCUUGGAUUAGCUUGAUUGCUUUUUCUGCCUCUUCUAGUUUCUCUUCUGCCAUUUUAAUGAGCAUCCACUUACUCUUAUUGACAACAGCUUCUUCUGCCAGGUACUUACAGACCUCCACCAUUCUGUCCUAGUUUAUUUGGCUCAAUAUAGAGAAAUAUAGAGGAAUCUCCAGAUCCACCUCACUUAUUUUGUUUUUUCUCUAGAGAAAAAAGUCAGCUCUCCACACAGCAGAGCAUCACCAGUGAAUCAUCCUGUACAGUGCAGUUGACUCUCACUUUAUAUGGCGCAAAAUCC